AUGCGGAUGACGAGCUUAUUGCAGUGCGUAUGCCCCAUCAUCUUUGCGGCUGCCGCAGUCGGAGCCGCGCUUCUGUGGCCAGCUUUGUUGCGCAUAUGCAGACUACCGCAAACGUUAGUUUCCUCGGACAGCAAAGAUCCGGAUGCUCUUCGUAUUGGCAUCUUGGGAGCAUCUUUCAUCGCAAGGGCGGCCAUUGUCAAUGCCGCCGACAAGAGAAAAGACGUUCUGGUGUCUGCCGUUGCUGCAAGAGAUGCGCAGCGAGCUCAGACCUACGCUGCCAAACACAGCAUUCCAGCCUUCCAUGGAGGAUCGAGUGCUUACUCUGAGCUGCUUGCAAGAGAGGAUGUUGAUGGGGUGUACAUCGGGCUGCCGACGGGCCUGCACUUAGAGUGGUCCCUGGCAGCCUUGCGCGCAGGCAAGGAUGUCUUAUUGGAGAAGCCAGCUGUACUAAACGCGCAAGAGGCCUCAGAGCUGGUUCAGGAAGCCAAGCGUACAGGUCGCAAAGUAAUCGAAGCUGCACACUACCGUUACCAUCCGGCAGCAAAGCGGGCAAAGCAGCUGAUGUCUUUGACCGUGGCGGAUGGCGGUAUCUCGCCCCUCCGGUUCGUUGAGGUUAGGUUCUCCAUGCUCGACCCAAAGGCCUGGCUGCGGAGUAUGAAGUUCUGGCCCUGGCCUGAUCCCAUGCAAGAGCAGAUACUGGAGCGAGAACGCGUGAAGAACUUUGAUCGUUGGUGGUACUGUGUUGACAUGCUUCUUUGGUCAACAGAUGCCCUGGAUGCACGGGUGAUCUCUGCUACAGAGAGACGAUUCUCACUGACUGCACUACUGGAGCUCCGCCUUUCAACGUCCCUGGUGAUCAAUGCCUCCAUGUCGAUGGCCAGAGAUUCACUUCUGGAUCCUUUUACAUGGAGCCUGUCCGCUGCUGGGCAAAACUCAGACGGUCAGGCCUCCAGCAUUACCCUCCACAACUUCGGCUUUCCUUUUCUUUGGCAUCGUUUGGACUGGACGC